GACGGCAGCGCUGCAGUGAAAAAAUAAUCCAUCCCAGUCGUCGAUGGAAUUUUCGUCUGGCAAUUCCAUCGCGUAAAGACGAUUUUCCAAAGAAAAUGGCCUUUGCCAUGAAAAAUGUUUUCACGGCGAUCAAGUCGUUGACGCGGGCGGCUCCGGUGCCUCAGCGUUAUAUUUCUGCUUGUUCUGCAUUGAGAAAUUCAUCUGGAAAGUCUACUGAAGCUCCUAAGGAUACUAGACCAACUGUCCGCAAGAUUGACCAGGAAAAAGUAGCCCAAUUAAAAGAUUUUGGACAAUAUGUAGCUGAAUGUCUGCCAAAAUACGUUCAAAAAGUUCAAAUUGAAGCGGGUGAUGAGUUGGAAAUAUGCAUUGCACCUGAAGGAAUCAUACCCACAGUCAGUUUUUUAAAAGAUCAUCACAAUUGUCAAUUCACCAACUUAUCAGACAUCACUGCUGUUGAUAUUCCAAGCAGGCCAUACAGAUUUGAACUUGUGUACAACAUUCUUUCAAUAAGGUAUAACACAAGAAUCCGUGUGAAAACUUACACAGAUGAAUUAACACCAGUAGAUUCUAUUUAUGAUGUACACAAGGCUGCUGACUGGUAUGAGCGAGAAGUAUGGGAUAUGUUUGGAAUCUACUUUGCUGGUCAUCCCGAUUUAAGGAGAAUUCUGACUGAUUACGGAUUUGAGGGUCAUCCUAUGAGAAAAGAUUUCCCUCUAACUGGUUAUAUUGAGGUUCGGUACGAUGACGAGAAAAAACGAGUGGUUGCUGAACCUCUUGAAUUGGCUCAAGAAUACAGGAAAUUCGAGUUAUCUGCACCUUGGGAACAGUUCCCAAAUUUCAGAAAUGCUUCAAAUUCAGCAGAAGAUGUACCGAUCAAGGAAAAUAAGUAAUUGUCCUUUAAAUCCUAGAUCAUUAAAUUAUUGCAUAGUACAGGAAAAUUCAAUUGAUUGAAAAUUAAUUUUGAAUUUAAUAAAAAUCUGUGCAUUGUUAAUAUUUUAUAUAAGUAAAUAAAUGAAGUUGCGUAUAUUCAUCAUGCAUUAGAAAAAUUCAAUAUUGCUCUCAAAACUAAAGGAAAUUAUUAAUUAUUUAUUGUAAAUACACUUUUUGUAUAAAAUCUAAAAUAAAAGUUACUUACAAACUAAAUAUUAUAUAAUUUAAAAUGAAUAAAU